GAGAGUGAUGAACAUCCGUGGCGCACUGACGCACAGAGUCCAGCACCAAAACAAGCCCUGAGCCGCACACACUCAGCGGAGUGACACAUUUUGGAGUACAGUGCCAUGCGAGGAGAGGACGCCUGCUGAGAGCCAGGCGCGCAGCUGUGGAUAUUGGGUCUUCCCUCACCUUUGGAUAACUUGGAAAUUGGGAACGCUUUUCUCUGGACGCUCUUGACGCACGGUGACACGGAGCUACUGAGAACUCCCUCGGAGUGGAGGAUUUAUUUGUGUUUUCGAGCUUUUCCUGGCCGUUUGGGACCCUCGGUGCAAACACUUCGGAAUAAGAAGGUUUUGCUGUUUUAUUGGCUGGUGACGCGGCUGCCCUGGAGAAACGAGAAGGAUGGCAGCCUGGUUCACCUUUACCAUCGCAUUCAGCACCACGUUGAUAUCCCAGGUAUUCGGAUCGGGAGUUUUCGAGGUGGAUCUUCACGAAUUUAAAAACCACAAGGGUCUGCUGGCAAACGGGAACGCCUGCAAACCCAGCUGCAGGACUUAUUUCAGGAUUUGCCUGAAGAACUAUCAGGCUGUGGUCUCGCCAGGUGACUGCAUCUUUGGGAGUACAAUGACACCGGUGCUGGGGACAAACUCUUUCAGCGCCAAGGACAGCGGCACUUUACCCAGGCCCAUUCAAAUCCCCUUCAAGUUUGGAUGGCCGGGGUCAUUUUCAUUAAUAAUUGAAGCCUGGCAUUCACCUUAUGGAAAUCUACCUGUAGAUAACAACAACCAAGACCUUCUGAUUAGCUUUUUCGCUAUCCAAAGACAGCUGGGCGUCGGAAAUGACUGGUUGCAGGAUAUACUGAGUGGACCGCAGACAGAGCUGAGAUACUCCUACCGGUUUAUCUGCAACGAAAGUUACUACGGAGAAAGUUGCUCCAAAAAAUGCACUGCGAGGGAUGACCGCUUUGGCCACUACACCUGCACCCGGAACGGGGACUUAUCCUGCCUGCCCGGCUGGAAAGGAAAAUACUGUGAAGAACCUAUCUGUCUUGAGGGUUGCAGCGAGAGAAAUGGAAACUGCUCCAGACCUGGGGAGUGUGUGUGCAGAGAGGGCUGGCAGGGCACAUUCUGUGACGAGUGCAAGAAGUACCCGGCCUGCAAGCACGGCACCUGUGACCUGCCGUGGCAGUGCAACUGCCAAGAGGGCUGGGGAGGCCUUUUCUGUGACCAAGACCUGAACUUCUGCACCCAUCACCAUCCCUGCGUCAACGGCGCCACCUGUAUGAACACGGGCCAGGGCAGCUACACGUGCACUUGCUUGCCUGGAUUCACGGGGGUCAACUGCGAGCUGGAGAUGCAGGAGUGUGACAGCAACCCCUGCAGGAACGGAGGGACGUGCACGAACCUGGAGAGCGGCUACGUGUGCACGUGCCCCCAGGGCUUUGAGGGCUCCCACUGUGAGCACAGUCUGCUGACCUGCGCCGACUCCCCCUGUUUCCACGGCGGCAUGUGCCGGGAGAAGGACGGCGGCCGCAGCUACAUGUGCGAGUGUCCCCACGGCUACACCGGACUCAACUGCGAGAAGAGAGUGGACAAGUGCACGUCGCUUCCCUGCGCUAAUGGGGGUCUGUGUCUGCUCCAGGGUGGCAUGCGCAUGUGCAGCUGCCGGGCGGGAUUCACCGGCCAGCACUGCGAGAUCAACAUAAACGAAUGUGCCGGAAACCCCUGCCUCAACGGAGGCACCUGCCAGGACCGCAUCAACGACUACACCUGCGCCUGUCCGGCGGGCUACGGCGGGCGCAACUGCAACCGAGUCCUGGACGAGUGCUCCCUCCGCCCCUGCCUGAACGGGGGCCUUUGCACCGGGGGAGGCGGGCCGGGCAAGCCCCUGGCGGCCUGCGUCUGUCCGUCGGGCUUCAGCGGGCCGCGCUGCGAGGACGGAUUCCAGUGGGCGGCCGUUUCCCUGGCGGUGGGGCUGGUGGCGCUGCUGGUGCUGGCGUGCAUGGUGGGGCUGGCUCUGAGGCACAUCCACAGACAGUCCAGAAGACAGGGGGCAGAAACGGAGACUAUGAACAACUUUUCCAGCGUCCAGAGGGACAACCUGAUCCCAGCAUCCCAGCUGAAAAACACCAACCAGAAAGUCAGCCUGGAGGUGGACUGUGAUUCAGAGAAAUCGAACUUUAUCCAUAAAAACUAUCACUUGGACUCUUACAACUCUAAAUCGAAAGAGUUCAUGGAUGAAAAGUUGCAUGGGGAUAAAAGUCUUAUUUAUGACAAGUGUUUAGAGGACAAGAUGCCUCUCAGUCGAAUGUACAGUGAAAAACCAGAGUGUAGGAUAUCUACAAUAUGUUCCUCGAGAGACUCCAUGUACCAGUCGGUAUUUGUUAUAGCAGAGGAGAGGAGGGAAUGCGUCAUAGCAACAGAGGUAUAAACUGUGAGGGGUUCAGUAAUCAAGGGAAUGAGGACAGAGACACAAUCGAGGCAGAAUAUGAUAUUCUGGAUUGUUUACAAAUGCUGAGAAGAGACUGGAGAUGUUUUCGACGUUCACUGCUGCUCUGGAACACUGAGGAACUGGAGAGGGCACAGACCUCUGCUCUGAACAUUUAAAAAAAAAAGAAAAGAAAAAAAAACAAAGCAACAGAACUGAGGAACUUUUUGUUGACCGAGUGUUUGUAUGCAAAGCAUGUACAUUGAAGGACCUCUCUCACUUUGAACAGACUGGUGAAUCCAAUGACUGCACGAGGUCAGCGAAAAACUCUUAUAAUCUCGGCCAUUCUGGACAGCAAAAGGAGGUGAUCAUCGCCCUUCGACUCUGACCUGGCCUUGUUUGAUAAUCAUAAAGACUCUGACAGCCAACCAAUCGGUGAAAAAAAAAAAGGUGCCUAAGAUUUGACCCCUCCAAAUCGUCCCCCACCCCUCCCAAACACUCACUCCUGCCAGCUUUGCCUGCUAUGCAAGACUCAGGGUCGAGAUGAGUGAACUCACCCGCUGUCACGAUCCAGCCUCACCAACACUGAAAGAAAUGAAUGUCUGAAACUAAUCUUCAACGGUCAAUCAUGUGAAAAUGACUGCUUGGACUUGUCAGCACAAGGGUGGAGAUUGUAUGCAGCCCAAAUUCACUAGAAGCCUUAAAAGAGGGGGUUUAAAUGCUAAAUUUGUGCCCCUGUGUGUUCUUGGAUCAUUUGCACUAAAAAGAAAAAAAAAAGGGUGGGUGGGUGGAUAAAAGCAGCGGGGAAAAUACUUUUCAAUCAACAGAGAAUUGAAGAGAAAACCACAGGAGACCAAUAGUCAGUGGAGUGCCAGCAAGAUCCAAGAGAAAGUGUGCAUAGAAAAAUGAUUUUUUUAUGCAACCCAACUGAGAAAAACAAAGAGACUCAAACAAGGAGAAAAGACUGUCACACCACUGCCUGCCUAUAAUAAAUUUCAAAAAGUACAGAACCAAUAAUGUAAUUUUUUUAAAUGAUUAUUUCCAGAGUUUAAUUUAAAUAUGACACACUGCUCUUUAUAUGUUUUAUAAUAUUAUUUUGUAUAUAAUGCAUAUUUAUAAGGACCAAACUUCUGAAGAAUAAAACUUCCUUGAAAACUG